UAAUCUGAAUCAACCUAAAACUCAGCGAAAUUUCAACACAAGGAGGAGGAGAUGAAUUACGAAUUUGGGCGAGAAAGUGGUUUUAUCAACAGCCAGCCGUCGCUCGCUGAGUGCCUGACAUCUCUCACUAACCCUGUCGGUGAUGCAUUUCAAAGUUCAUCAAUCAAGAGCUCGGCGCUUUCACAGUCGACACUGAUUCCUCCUCCUUUUGAGCAGACCAUCCCCGGCCUUAACCCGGGCAUCCACCCACGCCACAGCCGCUCAAAGCAGUCGCUGCAGGCUGCAUCCCUACCCCCGGAGUACCCGUGGAUGAAGGAGAAGAAAAGCAUCAAGAGAAACCAGACUGAUGCUGCUUCUGCGGCUGCAACAACAACGACUGACUCCUCUCCACUCUACUUCUCCCCCCAAGGUUCACCAGAGGGGCCAGAGGUUGGUGUUGGCGGUGGAGGGGCAUCCCGGAGGUUGAGGACCGCGUAUACCAACACCCAACUUCUGGAGCUGGAGAAGGAGUUUCAUUAUAACAAAUACCUGUGCAGACCGAGGCGAGUGGAAAUAGCUGCUUUGCUGGAUUUAUCAGAGAAGCAGGUGAAAGUGUGGUUUCAGAACAGGAGGAUGAAACACAAGAGGCAGACCCACUGCAAGGAGAACCGGGACAGUGAGGGGAUAUACGCGUGCCUGGACGACGGGCCGGAGGACGAGUUAGAGCAGGCGGCGGACAGCAGCGCAGCCGGGACGCUCCUGGAGAGGGAGAGGUAUUUCCACCAAAAUACCUUAACUUCACAACAUUGUCCGAACGGGCACAAUGGGGAGAACCAAAGCCCGACUGUCACGCCUUUGACCAGCAAUGAGAAAAAUCUGAAACAUUUUCCUAACCCGGCACCCACUGUUCCUAUCUGCGUGUCAACAAUAGGCCCGGACAAUGAUAAUUCCCCGGGCCUGGACGUCUCUUUGCAGGAUUUCCAAGUUUUCUCAUCCUCCUCCUCUUUCUCACCAAGUUUGUCAGAUUCGGCACAAAGUCCCCUGUCUUUAUCAUCCGAAACUUUUGACCUUUUCUCAGAAACACUCACAACAAUCGACCUGCAAAACUUGAGCUAUUGACCGAUGUUUUAUUUGAAUUCAGAUACUUGUGUUCAGUUUAUAUGAUCAGUUAUAAUAGAUCUCACAAAUAAGGUAAGUUAAAGCAAAAACAACAAAGCUACUAUUUAGUCUGUAUGGCAGUUUAGCAUUGGGCUGCGAGAGGAGAGUUUAUUUUUAUAUGGAUUUCGACUAUAACUGAGCAGAAUAAUUUUCUUGAAAUAAAACUUUACAUUGAU